AUGCAGUCCUUAAAUUUUUUUUCAUUUUUCCUGUGUUGUGUAGCAAUUUUUUCUUUUGCUAUUUCCUUAUUUUUCCACCAAAAACACCAUCAUUUAAAUGCAAAUAGGAGAGAGGAUUAUGGUAUUAGUAAGCAAUCUAUAACAGCACUGGGAGAUAACAAGACCUACAUCAUCUCUGCCUAUUAUGACUCUCGAAGAAGCAAGUCAGUGCGAGUACUUGCAAUAAUCCAUGAGUCGGUGAAGGAGCUUUAUUGCUGGUUUCAUUGUGCCUACAAGGAUCAUGUUCUGGUCACAGCACAAAUAGACCUUCAUCGUGACAGAUUUGGAUUUCGAUAUGGUACAGCAGAUCUUCUAUGUGAGGAGCCUCCAGAUUGUAUUUAUGAGUUUGUUUCUGUUCAUUGGUCCAGAACUAGACCUAUAACUUCUGUUCCUAGGUUUGAGGUAAAAAACCGUGUUGUUGGACCAUUCUCUGCAAACUUUACCGUCUGUAUCUCUGGGCUAUAUGGAGAGUAUAAUAAUGUAUUACAGAUGAUUCAGAGCUUUGAGAUGUAUAAACUACUUGGAGCAAAUAGAGUAACCAUUUAUAAGAACGGAUGCCAUGAGAAUGUGGAGAAGAUCGUACAAUAUUAUGUUAAAGAAGGGUUCCUAGAUUUAGUAACUUGGCCAAUAGACAGAUACCUGCGGACGUCUAACAAAUGGCUGCAAUCUAGAGAUCCUACAAGUCAAGUUGGUUAUUAUGGUCAAACUGCAGUGCUAAAUGAUUGCAUGUAUAGAAACAUGUAUAGAAGUAAAUUUGUUCUUCUCAAUGACAUUGAUGAAAUUAUUCUUCCAACAAAACACCUUGACUGGGAAUCUCUCAUGUCCACUCUUCAGGAAAAAUAUCCACAAACCAGUGUCUUCCGUAUAGAAAAUCAUUUUUUUACAAGAUUUCUUAAUGAUUCAGAUGGUAACAUGUGGAACGAUAUUCCUGGGGUCAAUAUCCUUCUUCAUACUUCCAGACUACCUAUUAACCCAGCUAUCUACAACAGUCGUAAAAUGAUAAUUAAUCCAAAAAAGGUUAUUCAGACAUCAAUUCAUGAAGUUUUGAAGGCCGAUGGAAAAUCUACAGAUGUUUCUAUUGAUGAUGUGAUUCUUUUUCAUUGUAAAAAAAUAGGUCGACCCAAACUUGCUAAAGAGACUGUUAUUGAAGACAACACAAUUGGGAGAUACCAUAACCGUUUGGUGCAGAACGUGGAUAAUGUUAUUCGAAAUUUUCACUCAAAUGCACAAGUAUUACAGAUGUGUAAUCUGUUUUUUUUUAUCAUGAGUGUUAUAUGUGGAAUAAGCUGUGUCUACAGCACUUUUUAAAGUAAAUGUUCACAUGUGGCCCAUUGUGAUCUACCAGUAGAUAUCUGCGGACUUACUAGCAGAUUUUAAGAUCUUCGAUUGCCUAUUAUGUAAAUAAAAAUAAAAUGUAUACAAUUUUAUGAAUACGCAAGUGUAUUCCAUUCCACAAAUAUGUGUUAUAGUUGCUGUUUUUAAUGAUGACUAGCUAUGUGUGACCCACUAAUAGAGAUGGUAUCUAAAAACGUAUUACUAUUACAAGGUAAUUACUGAGUCUGAUACCGUAUUAUAGACUAUAAAAUGUAAAUAUCACACACCGUUAAAUACCUAACAGCACUCAACCCUAUCCAUGCUUUCCCAAUCUACCCACUGCACCUAAACACUAUCCACACUACAGUAAACACCUGAGUCUAAAAUACCCAGAUUACCAAACAACAAUUAACCCGGAACAGGUUUUAACUGUCCUAGUUGUACUUAACAUAAUUAAUUCACACCAGA